UCUACAUCAGUUUGGGGGGAGAACUUCAAUUAAAAAAAAAAAAAAAGAAAAAAAACUCUGCAGAUUAUCAUCUUCGUCCUCUCCUUCCUUCUCCGUCUGCAGCCAUCGCCGGCAACUGUGGGUGUGCCAUUCUCCCGCCGUCGUGGGGUUCCGUGAGGUAGCGAGAUUUUCUUCUCCUUUCCUCUGGUUCUGCGCGUCGCCAUUUAUCCACCCUUUAUCCAUUUUUCCUCGCGCGAUCCCCUCUCCUCCUUGGAUCUACGCGCUGCACUUCGCUUUGAGGAAGACACUGUUGGUUCUUCCUUUUCCCUCUUCGUUUGCAGCAGUCAGCACCGGAAUUUUCCUCUUCUUCCUUCUCUGUUCACGCCUCUGCUCUGGUAUGGAAAGCCUUGUUCUUUAUCUUCUUCAUUUUGUGUUGGUUGUUUGGUGGCUGAAAGAGGAAAGGAAUUUGAAGUUUCAUCUUUGUUAGAGCCCUGGAAGACACGGUUGAUAAUUUAUAAACCAUGAUGUGGUUUCAUGACUUGAUCUUGGGAUGCACUUAAGGUUUUUGAUAAAUUGUGUGAUAGAAGCAUUUUUGGAUUAAUAGAGUGAUCAAGUUUGGUGUGUGUGUAUUUAUAUACACUUUGAUUAAAAUUUUGCUUUCUUCUUUGUUCAAUGUGAGGUAUUCUGGAAUUCUUCUCUUUUCAUUGUGGCUGUUGCAGAAAUUUUGAUUAUUCCUUUUUGCGUCAACGUUUAUGCGUGUGUAAGGGAACGGUUGAUGUUCUAACAAGCUUAAAUAAAGACUAGGAAGAAUCUCAGUUUUAUUUGAAUUGAUUUUUGACAAGGACAUUAGUUUGGGAAGCAUAACCAAUCUGUUAAAAUGUUUAGGAUCAUUGAUUCUUGAUGGGAAUUGGCUAGUGUUGAAGAGAAGGUGAUUUGGGAAGCUUGGAAAAUUUAAGUAUUGAAGUUAGAAAAUUUUGGAAAGAAGUAUUUGGUUGCUAAUUCAGGGACCAAGUUUGUUUGUUCUUAAGUUAGUUUUUGAGUGCAUAUAAAAUAUUUGUGGAAAGAAAAUUAUGAAAAUUGGAUUUGAAUAUGAUUGAAAAUGUUGAACAAGUCAUAAUAGGAGCUCUAAAUUUUCUAUGGAAAGAUUUAAAAACAUUGAAUAUUGUUUAUAUGUGUUUAUGUCAUAGAUUUAUUUAUUAGACCUAGGAAGGCAUUUUAUUUGUGAAGGAUUGAUGUUGAGAUUUUCUUUUCCAUCUCUCUAAACUUGUUUGGGCUAGAAAUUUUGAGUUUAUAAAUUGUACAAAAGAAAAUGACAAUGGUGUUACUUGGGGCAAUAGGGAUUUAAAGACUGAAAAUUGUUGAAAGGGGCUAAUUUGAAAGUAAGUUAUAUAUUUGGGAACUCUUUCAGGUAAGUAAAUAGUGUCUUAAUUAAAUUAUACACAAAUUCCUUUUUAUCAAAUAUUAUUUAAGCAUAUUCACAUGUAUAUUGAUAUAAUUUUAAUUCUAAUAUAGGCUAUUGUGAUUGGAACUACUCUAUAUAUAUAUAUAUAUACUAAUUGGUUUUUAGAGGAAGAGCUAGAAUUAUCGUAUGAUUGAACAUUCCUGUUUAUUUAAUAUACUGAUGAUGCUUGAUUUAUGGCUUAAUGGAUGAUUAAAAAGGUGGAAGAAUUUCUUGAAUGUAAAAUUUGAUUGGUUUUGUUGGAUCGAAAAAUUGUUUAUAUAUUUUGAAAUGUUUUAGUUGAUGAAGUCAUGCAUGGAUUUUUUAAGGAAAAUAUGAAAUGUGAUUUUGAGAAGAGUUGAGGUUUUAAAAGGUUCAUGCAAGUUUGAUUUUGAGAAUAGAAAAUUUUAUCUCGAUAGUGAUUUUUUCUUGUAUAUUUAAAAAUUGUUUUUAAGGGACUGAUUUCAAAACGCUAGUUGCUAAUGGCAGUUCCGUUAGGCUGUAAAUGGUUAAUGACUAACUAGCUUGAUUUUCAUGAGUUCUGUUCUCACGUUUGUUAUCCGUGACUCUCGUACCCAUGUUUAUUUUGUGACUUCAAGUUGCGUUUUGUUAGUUACUAUUAUGAACUGUGUGUCCACGUCUAUUUUGUGACUUCAAGUUGCGUUUGGUUAGUUAUCCUCCUGAAUUGUGUGUCUACAUUUGAUUUGUGACUUCGAGUUGCGUUUGGUUAGUUACUCUUAUUGACUAUGUGUUCACAUUUGUUUCGGGCUUCGAGCUGCGUUUGGUUAGUUGCUCUCGUAGACUGUGUGUCCACGCUUGUCAUCUAUUUUGAUCAGUCCUGCUAAAGAAUGAGUUUAAAAAAUUGUUGCCUUUAAAUUGAUUAUGUGAAACAAAUGGUUCUUUUUCUUCUUUUAUGGAUUCAAUAUAAUGAGUUACAUAACCUUAAUUGGUUAAAAUGGAUGUUGUAGCUUAAAACUGAAACUUGAUUGCUUUGUUAUCAUUAUUCGAGCAUAUAUAUGGUCAUGUAUUGUAUGGAAUAUCAUUUUUUGAUAUAUGAGAUAUGUGCUCUUCUUAUCCUAAGUGGUUAUCUUUAUUAAAUUCACAAACGUUGCCACGUUCUGUGCCUAUAACUCUGUUCCAUCUUCCCAAAAAAAAAAAAAAAGGUUAAGCAGCUCCAUUUAUUUUGAUCUAGUGAUUCUUGAAUUUGAUGUAAUGAAAUCCAUUGGUUUCAAUUAACAAAUGUUGCCCUUUUUUAUUUAUUAUAGUCUAUUUGAUUUUCCAAGAACAAGUGUUAAGAUAUUUUUGUUUAUUUCUAUUUAGGGAUUGAUGAUUUACGAUGCUAAUUAGAAUCUUCCGAUUCUAAGAGUUAGAGAUUAUGCUGCAUUGAAUUAUUCUCCUUUCAAUUGUGUAUAUAAUUUCUUGAGAUUAGUUAUAUGCAUUCACAUUUUUUCUUUUUCUUUUUUUUUGGGAUGUUAUUCACUAAAUAAAAAAUAUUUUUUGGCUCAAGAUAGUAUAGUUGAACCUAUAUAUUGAGUUGACCAUUGAGUGGCUUUAUCACUGAUUUGAAGAUGAAGAAUUAUUUUUGGAUAAAUCUUAACUUGAAUCAAAUUUCAUCCUUGUAUUCUGAUUAUGGUCUGCUUUAGGUGCUCUACAUAAGUUAUAGGUGCCGUGUAGAACUCUAUUAUAAUUUCUCGAAUCAUGUUGUAUGACCGUUGUUUAGUGUAGAACUCUGUCAAUUAAAUUGUAUUGAUUCUAUUUUUAUAAAACAUUUGGGAGGUCUCAUUUAUAAGGGAGACUUUGCCAAAAGUUUUAUAAAAAGUUUUGACUUUUGUUAAAUGAUAUGUAUAUGAAAAAUAAAAAAAAAAAUUUGUAGCUUUGAGGCUUAAGGGAUAUGGCUUUCUCAUAUUUCGAGCCAGACACACCUUUGUUUUUGGGUUGUGACAAAAGAAGAUGCAUCCAUGAAUCCCUUGAACUCCCCAAUGUUUUUGAUGUUGUGCCGGAUGAUGGUGGCACCGUGCAUACUUUUCUUCAUAAAUAUUUUUCUGCCCAAGUAUUUAUUUAUGUCAUAUCAGAAGUCAUAACUUAUAAUUAAACCAGUAAAUGUAGGUGGAAAUAUUUUUCCUUUGUUUUCUUCGUUUGUAUUCUUUUUCUUCAGAUCUCUGAAGGCCUGGGUUAAAGGUCAUGGAGCAAACAGUAGGGUCCCCAAGCAAAAAGCGCAGAACAAGGACAAAGGUUGACAGGAUCGGUGGUUUGCCAGAUUCAUUGCUUCUCCAUAUUCUCUCUUUUCUUCCUGCUAAAGAGGCAGUUGCCACAAGCCUCAUAUCCAGGAGAUGGAGGCCACUCUGGCUUUCCCUUCCCUCUCUUGACCUUAACCUUGAAGGCUUUCAGAGUCUUCCAUUCUUCCAUCGAUUUGUAGACAAAAUGCUCAAAUUGGUAGAUUUGAAGUCGGUCAAAAAGUUUGUUCUCGAGAUUCAUUCUAGCAAUUUUAAACCUCGUGAUUGUUUUAGACCUCUCAAGAUUAGCAAGUGGAUCAAUGCUAUGAUUAGUAAUAAAGUUGAACAUCUGGAGCUGCAACUGAUACUGUUCUAUGGAGAAUUUGAGUUGCCCCCUAGUGUUUUCAUUACCAAUAACAUUAGGGUUUUGAAGUUGAGUGGAGUAACAGUCGGUACUCUUUCUCAUGUUCAUUUGCCUUUGCUUGAAGUUUUGCACUUGAGAAGUGUUCGUUUUCCAGAAUUUCAAAGUUUGAAAAUGCUUCUCUCUGCUUCUGCUUCGCUUAAAGAGUUGGUACUAAAAUUUUGGUUCUCCGUUCACGAUUACAAUCCACUUAACAUUGGAAGACUUGAUCAUCUGGUCUCUGCAGAUGUUCCCCAAUCUCUAUUUCCGUCGGCAGCUUUUUCCAAUGUGACAUUUCUACGGCUGGAUCAGCAUUAUUGCACCCAGGGUAUAUGGCCACUUAGUGAUGAUAUUCCAAUGUUUUACAAUUGUACCCACCUGGAAUGUGUUGCGGGUGAGUGGACUAGGAUGGUGAACUGUCUCCGAAACUUCCCCAUACUUGAAAAGCUUGUAAUUUCAGAGUCGUUUAAGCCGGCUAGUUCUACAUCCCCUCCUGAGCCAGUGCUUGAUGUGCCUCCGUGUGUUUCAUUGCAUCUGAAGGAGUUCACUCUUCAUUACUUGCAGGAUCCUGGAAGCCAUUUUGAACUGUUAAAGUUUAUAACGGAGAAUGCCAGAUUUUUGAGGAGUGCCACCAUUAGGAGAGCUGGUGCAAGUGAAGAUGGUCUCCGAAUGCUCCAAAAAUUAGCAGCAAACCUCAGGCGCUAUGAGAGUUGCAAACCAAUGAAACAACCACCACUUGUGUUUAUGUCUUCUUGAUACUUGGGAUCUACGUAUUUAGUAAGUUUCUACAUUUGUAUGAAGGUUGCAUUUUGGUGUAUUUCUGAAGUAUGCUUUGCUUAUUUCUUAGGCCUUGGCGCUUGAGCAUGCGAUUUGUGUACACAUAUUAGAAGUGAAAUGAUGAAUUGAAGGAAAAGUCCCUUGAGAACUUUUUUUCAAAUUA